AUGGCUACUGUUAACGUUCGCCGGGAUGUCACCGACCCCUUCUACCGCUACAAGAUGGAAAAACUCCAGUCCAAGAUCGAGGGCAAGGGUAACGGUAUCAAAACCGUCGUUGUCAACCUGAACACGGUCGCCCAGUCUCUGGCUCGCCCCCCUUCGUACGUCAUCAAGUACUUUGGAUUUGAGCUCGGUGCACAAGCCAAUGCCAAACCUACCGAUGAUCGCUGGAUCAUUAAUGGCGCCCAUGACGCACCCAAACUGCAGGAUUACCUAGACGGUUUCAUUGACAAGUUUGUUCUUUGCAAAAAGUGCAAAAACCCUGAAACGGAGGUCAUUCUCAAAGACCGCAUUGUCUUGGACUGCAAAGCCUGCGGUCAGCGCACCGAUGUGGACCCUCGUCUCAAGCUGAGCACCUUCAUCUUGAGAAAGACUCCCACCAAGGGUGGCAAAAAGGAUAAGAAGGCUCGUCGCGAAAAAAAGAAGGAGAAGGGCGAAACCAAUGGAGAAAAGAAUGGCAGCCCGGGAGACAGCAACGGCUCUGACGAUGGUGAAAAUGGCGAUGUUGAAAUUGCAGCUGGCAGUGACGAUGAGUUCACUCGCGGAAUCACUGAUGCCGCCAAGAACAUCAACGGCUCUGAUGAUGAAGAAGUUCAGUGGUCCGUUGACGUUUCUGAGGAGGCUGUCAAGGCUCGCGCCAAGGAUCUUCCCGAUGACCUCAAGCGAACUCUUGUUCUGGAAGGCGCCGAAGACGAUGACGAAGAAGGCGGCCCUACCAAUUAUGACCAGCUGGGAAGCUGGAUCAUCAAGACCGGCGAGGAAACCGAAGGUGGUGUCUCAAAAAUCAGCGACAUUGACAUCUACAAGAAGGCCAAGGACCUCGGCAUCGAGACCAAGCACAAAACCUUGGCCGUGCUUGCCCAAACCGUCUUUGAUGAGAAGAUUGCCAAGCAGAUUACAGCGCGUGCCCCCAUGCUGAAGAAGAUGAUCACCUCCGAAAAGCACGAAAAGGCAUUCCUCGGUGGUACCGAACGCUUCCUCGGCAAGGAGCACCCUGAACUUCUUCCUCAGGUCCCCGCCGUGCUUCUUGGCUACUAUCAAAACGACCUUGUGUCGGAAGAAGUGCUCAAGGCCUGGGGCCGCAAGGCUAGCAAGAAGUACGUCGACAUCUCCACCAGCAAGAAGGUCCGCAAGGCUGCCGAGCAGUUCCUUACCUGGCUCGAAACUGCCGAUAGCGAUGAGGAGAGCGACGAAGAGGAGGAGUAA